AUGUCAGACCAACCGCCGCCACAACCGGGAGCGUCGCGCUUCACACCGCAGAACAAGACGACGCACGAGCGGCUGUCCACGGACACAUUCGGCCUAGUUGCGCUCUCCGACUUCCGCAAGCGGCGCGCCGAGGUCCUCGAGCAACAGGAGCGCGAGGCGCGCGAGGCGGCAUUCGCUGCGCGCACCAACAAGUCGACGCCGGAUCGGUCCCUGGCUGCGACCCCGAGCAACGUGAGUGCCGAUAGUAGCGAGGCGGAGAGACCGAAGAAGAAGAAGACAAAAAGGACCAAGGCUCUGGUGUUGUCUUUUGACGAGGAAGAGGACGAGGCUGGACCCAACCUUUCUGUCGGCCGUGACGUGGGAAAGAAGAAGAAGGCAAGACAUGGCGAAAACAACGGCGCGGGUGAUAAUGGCGAGGCAGCUGCAGGAGCAGAACUCGUCUCCAGUGAUGACAAGGACAGAGACAAGGGCGACAAAUCAAAGGCCAAGGUCGUGGCAAACACGUCAGUCGGUAUCGUGCCGCGGGCCCUGACUAAAGCCGCUCUGCGGCGAGAAGCUGAGGAGAGAGAGGCGCUACGGAAGGAGUUUCUCCUGCUCCAGGCGGCAAUCAAGGCUACGGAGAUCGCCAUCCCUUUCGUCUUCUACGACGGCACCAACAUCCCCGGCGGCAUUGUGAGGGUCAAGAAGGGAGAUUUUGUGUGGCUGUUUCUCGACAAGAGCCGCAAGGUGGGCGCGCAGCUUGGGGUCGGUGCAGACAAGAGCUCGAAUGCGAGACGGGACUGGGCCCGUGUCAGCGUGGACGACUUGAUGCUCGUCCGGGGUACCAUGAUCAUUCCUCACCAUUACGAGUUCUAUUUCUUCAUCAUCAACAAGACCGUUGGUCCAGGCAACAAGCUCCUCUUCAACUAUAGCGCCGAAGCUCCCCCGAAAGAAUCCGGCGCGGCCGGCAUCGGUCGGGCGCCUGAUCUCUCUCAACUUGAGGGGGCAUCGGAUGAUCCGACGUUGACCAAAGUGGUGGAUCGGCGGUGGUAUCAGCGCAACAAGCACCUCUAUCCGGCCAACCUCUGGCAGGAAUUCGACCCCGAGAAGGAUUAUUCGAAGGAGAUCCGUCGGGAUCCCGGCGGCAAUGCCUUUUUCUUCUCGCGAUGA